AUGACAUCACAUCAUGCAAACGACCGAGAGGCGGCGGAUGCCAUCAUGGCCACGUUUCUCUCCGCCCCGACCGCAAAGCAACGCAUGCUAACGAAGCUCAUGGAGAGCACCGACAAUCGUUAUCAAGAUUUUUGCCUCCAUUUGACUCGACAGGACUGUUCCGACUCGAAAACAUGCGCGAGGCUGCACUUCAAACCCGUCCUAUACCCGCAGACCGACCCUUCGUACGGUCAUUGCAGCUACCUCAACACCUGCCAUCGCACCACGUCGUGCAAGUACCUUCACUUCGAACUCGAUACCGACCCGCCUCAGCCGGCAUUCAGCUUCAAGACAACAGAUCCACGGCAUGCCUACGAGCCUGACUCGGAAGAAGCGCGAGAGAUUGGGCUAAUCCAUCCUUCGCGCACGCUCAAGGAGCAUGGCUUUGAACAAUGGAUCCGUCCGUCCUCUUGGUCCUCCUCACCGACAGCUCCAGCAGCUGGUCCGGUCGCAGACCAGAACGCGCAGUGGAUCGACUGCGAUCUCAAAAACUUCGAUUACUCGAUGUUGGGCAAGUUCGACAUCAUCCUCGCCGAUCCGCCCUGGGACAUCCACAUGUCGCUGCCCUACGGAACUAUGAGCGACGACGACAUGCGCUCGAUGCCCGUUCCUGUUCUUCAAGACGAAGGUCUCAUCUUCCUCUGGACGACAGGUCGAGCUAUGGAGCUGGGACGAGAGCUGCUAGCGCACUGGGGCUAUACGCGCAUCGAUGAGCUCAUCUGGGUCAAAGUGGGUCAGACGCAGAGGCUCAUCCGCACUGGUCGAACGGGCCAUCAUCUCAACCACACAAAGGAACACUGCUUGGUGGGAGCCAAGGUGCGUUUAUCGAGCGCUUCCAGCAACCAGACAAGCACAGUGGACAGCAAACCGAUUCUAGGGUCCACACAGCAAUACAUCGGCAGCCGCGCAGCCGGUGUGCCACCACCUCUUCCUGGCUGGGUGCACUGUGGCAUCAACGCCGAUGUCAUCGUCUCCGAGGUCAGAGACACUUCGCGAAAGCCGGAUGAACUGUACAGCAUCAUCGAGCGCUUGUGUCCCGGAGGCCGCAAAGUGGAGCUGUUUGGCCGCAAACACAACAUCCGCCGAGGCUGGCUUACAUUGGGUAACCAGCUCAAGUCCGACCAUGUGCUCGACCCUGCGCUCCAACAGCGUUUGAAUUCCUUCCGCGCAGGCAGCGCGAGGCAGGAACCGUCGUAUCCGCCGGCGCAACAGCAGCACUACUACUACGCGGCACCUCAUUCCACGGUCCCCACUGGUCCCGCCAUGCAAACCGGAUACAGCACCGUCCCACAUUCAUCUGUCCCACCACCCCCGCAUACCGGCUUCUACUGA